AUGGAGAAUUCAGAUAGUAUAUAUCGAGAGGCCGUUACUAAACUUAAAAUUCUUUUAUCUGCUACGCAAAUAUCAGGUAAAGACGGAGGCGGCUCUGAAGGUGGAAGGUAUAAGAAAAUGCCACCAAAACCAAACACAAGAAAGAUUUUUGGCACAAUACCACAGGAAAAUAAGAUGAAAAGACGAGUUAAUUCAUGGCAUAAUUUGACGAAUACGAGUGAAAAUCUCUCCGAAAAAUCGACCAGGGAUGAGAAGCGCCGGGAAUUGUUUGGUUCACAACAGCUUUACUUAGAAAACACAGGUAGUCCUAGAGUAUCAAGAAUACCAGAACCCUACCCUCCAUCUAGAGAUCCAACCCUGUUUAAAAACAAUUAUGGCAGCAACACCGGUAUUUUCCAGAACCAGUUUGUUCAGCCUGUUGAACAUAAGUUAAUCUCUCCUGAGCAUUUGAGACAUCACUCUCCAUCGUCCAGUCCUGCCCUUAGAGCACUUGUUCACAGACAGGAAAAAUAUAUUCAUCAAUUGGAAAUGGAAACUGAGCUCACGAGAUCCCAGCUUACACAGUUUCGAUUAUAA